UGAGUGGAAGAAGAAGAAGAAGAAGAAGAAAAGGGUAAAAUCGUAAACUGAAAUUCACAUGGAGGCAACUCCACUGCACUUCCCCUUUCUUCUUCCUUUGUCUCUAAUGGCGUAAAGACUUGUCACUCUGCUGUUACAACCACACCUCUCUCUUUCUCUCUUUCUCUCUCCUCCGACAAAUUACACCGAAACUGAAAAAGAGGACUAAACUCGAACAAACAGAUGAUGAUUUUCUGAAUUUUAUUACACAUGGAAGACGAAGUGGAAUGAGAAGAAACACAAUACAUUUUUCCCGCAAAGCAAUGCAUGACCUGUGACUUCUGACUUGUCACCAUUCUUUUUUUUUUUUUUUCUCUCUGCCGACAUGCAUUCUGGUGAGUUUGGGGCGCCGACGUUGGAGAUCUUGUUCUUGAUCUUCUGAUUUGGCUUGUACUGUUACCGAUGGGUUCUUUCUUUUGAUUUUGAAGAUUCGUCGCUGCGUCGAAUGUCUUGGUUAAUGUCAGCUUCCUGAGGAACUACUUCGUUCUCUUGUAGCAUCGUUGUGAUCGGUGGUGGUAGUGUUUCAGAUUUCGAGCUUGGCUGAUUUUUAUGGAGUGAGUUGGAGAUUAUCCGGGAACUUGGUUUUUGAGCUUUUGAGUGUUGGGGAGUAGAAGGUUGAUUGAGAGUUUUGAGAAGUAAUUAUGUCUUCGUGGGAAACGCUUGGGGAGAUUGCAAAUGUGGCCCAGCUUACGGGCAUUGAUGCUGUUCGUUUGAUUUCCAUGAUAGUGAAAUCGGCGAGCACUGCACGAAUGCACAAAAAGAACUGCAGGCAAUUUGCCCAGCACUUGAAGUUGAUUGGAAAUUUGUUGGAGCAGCUUAAGAUCUCGGAGCUUAAGAGGUAUCCCGAGACUCGGGAGCCUCUGGAGCAGCUUGAAGAAGCUUUAAGAAGGUCGUAUAUAUUAGUUAACAGCUGCCAGGAUCGCAGCUAUCUCUAUCUGCUUGCAAUGGGGUGGAACAUUGUUUACCAAUUCAGAAAGGCCCAGAAUGAAAUAGACAGAUAUCUGCGCCUUGUUCCUCUGAUUACACUCGUUGAUAAUGCUCGAGUCAGGGAGAGACUGGAAGACAUUGAGAAGGAUCAGCGUGAAUAUACUUUAGACGACGAUGACAAAAGGAUUCAUGAAGUAAUUCUGAACCCAGAACCUUCGAAAGAUGAGGCAAUGGUGUUGAAGAAAUCUCUUUCUUGUUCUUAUCCAAACUUGCCGUUUAACAAAGCUCUACAAAAAGAAAAUGAAAAGCUUCAGCUAGAACUACAACGGUCUCAAGCUAAUCUGAAUGUGGGUGAAUGUGAGGUUAUUCAACGUUUGCUAGAUGUCACUGAAUCUGUAGCUGCAACUUCUCUUCCUGAGAAGAAUUCACCUGAAAAAUCCCAUAAAGUAGUGGAGAAGACGUAUGUAGAUGCUAACAAUGGAGAUUCAUCUGAUGAACACUUCUAUAAGAAUACUGAUGCUCGGACAACCUCAAGAAAAAGUUCUUCUGUAUCAUCAGGACACGAUCUGCUCUCAACCAGGGGUUCUGAUCGGUAUGGUGAAUGGCACACUGACUUACUUGAUUGUUGUUCAGAACCUUCUCUGUGUCUUAAGACUUUUUUCUAUCCUUGUGGCACUUUAUCAAGGAUUGCUACAGUUGCAACUAGUAGGCAUACAUCACCAGCAGAAGCAUGCAAUGAUUUGAUGGCAUAUACAUUGAUACUGUCGUGCUGUUGCUAUACUUGCUGUGUUAGGAGAAAGCUUCGCAAGAUGUUAAACAUCACGGGAGGUUUUGUUGAUGACUUUCUCUCCCAUCUUAUGUGCUGUUGCUGUGCUCUGGUUCAAGAAUGGCGAGAAGUUGAGAUACGCGGGGUUUACGGUCCCGAAAAGACGAAAACAAGCCCUCCACCCUCCCAAUACAUGGAAUCCUAAAAGUACAGUCGACGCAUAUUGAACCAUCCGUAGUCUCGGAAUAAUUUCGAUUCAUGAUAGAGUUAUGUAAUUGGAUACAGGUAAAUCUAGUUGGGCAUGUAACAAGAAGCUUCCAUUGGGGCAUGCUUUUAUGUUGUUACUUACUAUACACACAACCCUUUGCUUUUUGUAUAGUUGGUGUAUCAUAGAUUUGUUUUAAAACCUUUUAUAGUGUUUGGAAUUGGAGUUUCUUACUCCCAUGAUUAUGCCUUAGUUCAAGCCCUUCCAGCUUAGUUUUGGUCAUUUCUCCCUCUUUUAA